CCCCGAGCCGUGUGCUCUGCUCACUGCUCAGCGCUCCGCAUCGUCCGGGCAGAACCUGGGAGCGGUGACAGGGGAGCUAGGAAGAGGCAGGCAGGCAUGGGGCGAGGGCGAGCACCGUGCUGCGCCAAGGUGGGGCUCAACAGGGGCUCUUGGACGCCGCAGGAGGACAUGCGCCUCGUGGCGUACAUCCAGAAGCACGGCCACUCCAACUGGCGCGCGCUGCCCAAGCAAGCAGGUUUGCUGCGGUGCGGGAAGAGCUGCCGGCUGCGGUGGAUCAACUACCUGCGGCCGGACCUGAAGCGCGGCAACUUCACCGUCGAGGAGGAGGAGACCAUCAUGCGGCUGCACGGCAUGCUCGGGAACAAGUGGUCUAAGAUCGCGGCGUGCCUGCCGGGGAGGACGGACAACGAGAUCAAGAACGUGUGGAACACGCACCUGAAGAAGAAGGUGGCGCUGCGGGAGCAGCAGCAGAAGGCUGGCGCGGCCACCAAGAACGGCGCCGGCGCCGGAACUCCCGUCACCGAUUCGUCGUCGGCGUCCUCCUCGACGACUACGACCAACAACAGCUCCGGGGGCAGCGACUCCGGCGACCAGUGCGGCACGAGCAAGGAGCCCGACGCCGCCGCCGACGCAUCUCCCCUCCGAGACAUCGACGUCUGGGAUAUGCUGGUGGACGCGCCCGCGGCGGCGCAGCCAAUGCUGUCGUCGCCGUGCUCCUCGUCCUCCCUGACGACGUGCGCCGGCGGCGCGGAGGACCUGAUCGAGCUGCCGGUGAUGGACAUCGAGCCGGAUAUCUGGAGCAUCAUCGACGGCGAGGGCGCCGACGGCUCUGGCGCGCGGCACGGCGAUGCCGAUGCGACAGCGCCGUGUACGGGCGCCGCCGCCGUCAGCACCAGCGAGGCAGGGGAGGCGGUGGGCGAUUGGUGGUUGGAGGAUUUGGAGAAGGAGCUAGGCCUGUGGGGCCCGACGGAGGAUCCUCUGGCCCAGACUGACCUACUGGUGGACCACACGGGCUUCGGUCCACUCAGCGACUGCAACUCGGAGGGGGACCCAGUCUCCACCUACUUCCAGACUGGGCCCCACAAUGCUGCAGCUGAACUCCAAGAUGUGGAACUCCAACUAGAACUCGAACUCGAACUCGAACCAUCAUCAUCUGCUGCCCUUGUGCUAUGAGCAUCGGAAAUCCAGAGCACGGAACGAUCUGAUCGGACGGCCAGGGUCUAUCGGCAUACUACUUACUAGUCUACUACCAUCACCGACGGCUCGGCCAAGAGCAGCGAACAGCUUUGGAGAUGUUCGAUGCAAAGCCAAAACAGAGAGCCAGCCAUCUGAAACAUCCCUAGGUCAAUUAGAAUGCACAUAAAAAAGGGCAAAUCCGUGCGAAAAAAAGGGUCCGGUAGUAGUGAAGAAACCGGUUCUAUUUCAACAGUUUAACGCAGGUGUAGCAAACUAGGCUUGAUUAUUGGUAACACGGCGGCGCUCCAGUGCUGAAGAGGCAACGGGAAGUGCGGCUACGCCCGUCUGUGUUGCUCGGUUUGUGCAGUGAGUGUGCACAUAGCAUGACGUCGUCGUGACGUCAGCGCCUGAUCACCAGGCCGGGAGGCCGGGAGUCCUACCACUACCGACCAUGUAUGAUGAUGAUGCCUUUUGUGAAUCAUCACCGGGCUCUGAUCAUGAUUUGGAACCCUUUUGCUUUUGCUAAUGCGAUGUAAACUUUUCUGCUCUGUGUCUCUCUUUUAAUUCGCCGCUGUUGU